AUUAAAAAGAAGGUGCGAAGCGUGGAAAAGGGCAUAUUCUCUUCCCAUCACUUCCGACUUCUGAAAUUUUCCAAGCUUUUCAUAGCCUCCAUAGCUCUCUCUCUCUCUCUCUCUACUUUCUCUCUCUAAAAUCUCUAACCUUUCUCUCUCUAGUCUUCUCUGAUCGAAUAACCGAGGAUGCAUUCUGCUCACUUGCUCCUGGAAGAGCCGAUUAGGAUGGCUUCCAUCCUCGAGCCCUCCAAGGCUAGCUUUUUUCCCGCAAUGACGAAGAUUGUGGGUACGCUUGGCCCUAAAUCUCGAUCCGUGGAGGUUAUCUCUGGCUGCCUCAAGGCUGGAAUGUCCGUGGCUCGAUUUGAUUUCUCAUGGGGAGACCCGGAAUACCACCAGGAGACUCUGGAGAACUUAAAGGCGGCUGUCAAGAGUACUAAGAAGCUCUGUGCUGUUAUGUUGGACACUGUAGGUCCUGAGUUGCAGGUUGUAAACAAAAGCGAAAAGGCUAUCUCACUUAAGGCAGAUGGUUUGGUUGUUCUGACGCCCGAUCAGGGACAAGAAGCGUCCUCAGAGUUGUUGCCCAUCAAUUUUGAUGGACUCUCAAAGGCUGUGAAGAAGGGAGAUACCAUUUUUGUUGGUCAGUACCUGUUCACUGGAAGUGAAACUACUUCUGUCUGGUUGGAGGUUUCAGAGGUGAAAGGAGACGAUGUUGUUUGUGUGGUGAAGAACUCAGCAACCUUGGCGGGUUCUUUGUUUACUUUGCAUGCCUCUCAGAUUCAUAUAGAAUUGCCUACCCUUUCUGAUAAAGAUAAGGAGGUAAUAAGUACUUGGGGACUUAAAAACAAAAUCGACUUUCUCUCUUUGUCAUAUACCCGUCAUGCUGAAGAUGUUCGCCAAGCCCGAGAAUUCUUUUCUAAGUUGGGUGACCUUCAUCAGACUCAGAUUUUUGCAAAGAUUGAAAACAUAGAGGGAUUGACACACUUCGAUGAGAUUAUACAAGAAGCUGAUGGAAUUAUCCUCUCUCGUGGAAAUUUAGGAAUUGAUCUCCCACCCGAGAAGGUCUUUUUGUUUCAAAAAGCUGCCCUUUAUAAGUGCAACAUGGCUGGAAAGCCUGCAGUGGUUACCCGUGUUGUUGAUAGUAUGACUGACAACUUGAGACCUACUCGUGCAGAAGCAACUGAUAUCGCAAAUGCUGUACUUGAUGGAAGUGAUGCGAUUCUUCUUGGUGCUGAGACUCUACGUGGUUUGUACCCUGUCGAGACCAUCUCCACUGUUGGUAAAAUCUGUGCUGAGUCGGAGAAGGUUUUCAAUCAGGACUUGUACUUUAAGAAGACUGUCAAAUAUGUUGGAGAACCAAUGACUCAUUUGGAAUCUAUUGCUUCCUCUGCGGUACGAGCAGCAAUUAAGGUGAAGGCUUCAGUUAUUAUUUGCUUUACUUCAUCAGGAAGGGCUGCAAGAUUGAUAGCGAAGUACAGGCCAACAAUGCCAGUUAUAUCAGUGGUUGUUCCUCGGCUCAAGACAAAUCAACUAAGAUGGAGCUUUAGUGGAGCCUUUGAGGCAAGGCAAUCUCUUAUAGUCAGAGGCCUUUUCCCCAUGCUUGCUGAUCCCCGUCAUCCUGCCGAGUCUACAAAUGCAACAAAUGAGUCAGUUCUAAAGGUUGCCCUUGAUCAUGGAAAGGCGUCAGGAGUUAUAAAGUCGCACGACCGAGUUGUUGUUUGCCAGAAAGUCGGGGAUGCCUCAGUUGUCAAGAUUAUUGAGCUUGAAGAUUAGAAAAGCUUCUUGCCCUUUGUUUUGGGUUUUUGUUUCCGUCCUAAUUUUUGCAACUAAUGGAAUAUAAUGCCGUCACCUACCUGGUAUUAAUAUCCCAGGUUUUGGAAACCAGCUUGUUUAUCAACUUGAAUUUACAAUAUCCGGAGGCCAUUUUUAUUGUUGAUAUAAACAGUAGUCAUAGUAUCCAUAAUAACCCUUUGUUGGGUUUGUUUAUCACAGUAAUUCAUUGGUUUUUAAUCAAUGAUUUUAUUAAAGUUUCUUUGAUAUUAGUUUAACCAA